AUGCAUUCUGCCAUGGCUCUCGCUCUGAUGAGCUCCGUUGUCGCUGCUGAAAACGUCGUCACCACCCUUUUCCUUCCGGGCUUCGACCAGCAGCCACUCGUAGCUUCUAUUGUUGGAGGCGAUUCCUCUGCAACUACAUACUCUAUUGGAUGUGCCGAUGGCACUCCUUCCGAUGAAUGUGGUGCCGGUAAUGGCUUCACCCUGAUCGAGGGUCCUGAGACUGCCAGCAUGGAAAUGGUAGUAGGCGCUAGCUCUAUUCUCUUUGUCGAUCUUGCCUGCGACCUCAACACCAGCGUCUCCCAGGCCGUCUGCACCGAAACCGACGGCGGCUCCGAAGCCAACUUCCCAGGAGUUACCACCUCAACCUUUGCGCCAGAUGAUUAUGCUUCUGCCUGGCUCGCAGUUACGGUGACCGCUGGUUCCGCCAGUGGUGCGCCCGCUACUACUGCCGCUUCGGCCACUGCGCCUACUGCUUCUGCUACCAACUCCGGGACUACUGCUGCUGCCACUUCUAGCGCAGACUCUACUGCUGCUGCAAGUUCUGGCAUGACGACUGUUGCUAGCACUAGUUCGUCUGGAUCUUCUGCCACCGCCGCUCAGUCAUCUUCCUCGUCUUCGUCAUCUGUCAGCACCGGUGGUAUGCCUCAGAUUACUGGAAAUGCGCAGUGGGCUGUUGGCGGAGCUGCUAUUGCUAUGGCUUUUGCUGCUCUGUAA